UAAUAAUAAACAUUGUAAACAGGUGGGAAAUGUGUUAUGUCAAAUCAUGUCAAAUUGUCAACAGAGAAAAUCAGUAAAGAAUAAACAUCAGUCAUAGAAGAUUGUUGCUGUUUAAUGAUAAUGGCAAACAACAAUGACAAAUCAAAUGAAACAGUAAUUUUAAUACUUGGCUGUGAACGUGUUGUAGCAAAAAGAGACAAGUUAUCAAAAUAUAGUCUAUAUUUUUCAUCAUUAUUUUCUGAAAACUUUAGUGAUCACCGGCAGAAUGAGUAUCAAAUCAAUUAUAAUAUAUCUCCAAUUACUCUCAAGAAUUUCGUCAACUGGACUGAACAAGCUGAGACAAAUGAAAAUAAAAAACAAGGAGUUUAUCCAGUUGAGCCAUGUUUAAAAAAAUUCAUGAACAUAAAUGAUGAAAAUCCACUUGAAUUAUUAGAGCUGAGUGUUGUUUAUAUGUGUGAAAAAUUAAUAAAUGACCUAACAUCAAUAAUUAUACUUCAUUGGUUGUACUCAGAUAAAAUUAUUGAUAUAUGGAUAUUAGCACAAGAAUUAAAUUUAGAAAAACUUAAGGAUAUUUCAUUUGCUGCUUGUUUAGAAAGAUUUGAAGAAUUACCAUUUUCAUCACUGGCACAAUUACCACUGGAACGACUUAUUGAACUUGUUGAUAAUGUCAAUGGUAAUUGUUCAAAAACUUGGCUAAGAUUUAUUGCCAAUGAAGGAAUUAGAAAUUAUACAUCAACACCAGAUCAUGAUCCUUCUCAUCAUAUUUAUAGAAGACUAUUUCAGAUUGUCAAUACUUUAACAACUUGUCCAAUGGAAAAAAAAAAUAAUCCAAAGCAUAUUAGUUGCAUUGCUGCAUAUAAAAUCACUGAUGUUGGAAAAAAAAUACCAUGUGUAUACAUGUGGAAUGAUGGUUUCAAAGAACUCAUCGAUUUGACUGAUAUUGUAAAUCUCAUGGAUGACGGGAAGGAUGUUGUUGGAAGGCAAAUUAUUGGAAGAGGCUUUAGUAUUUAUGUUGUUGGUGGCGAACAAGGUUUUGGAUCUGGUAGAUUUGUUAAAACAAUUUGGCGUUAUUGUUUAUUAUCUAAAACUUGGUUUUCAGUUUCUGAAUUACCUCGAGCUAGACGACACAUGGUUGUACAAUUUAUAAAAAAUAAACUGUACGUUAUUGGAGGUGUUGGCCAACACAGAGUAAAACUUUCGACUGUUGAUGUCCUGGAUAUUUAUACUGGUGUUUGGUCAAAAGCUGCUGAAAUACCUGAAAUGUUUACGGAUGUACCUGCUUCUUGUGUAGCUCAUGGAAAAAUUUUUUACUACAAAACAAAUUUAUAUAUUUAUGAACCAUCAAAAAAUUGUUGGAAUACAUUAAUUUGUAAUGGUGUGACGCUGCAUUCAUUACUUUGGCAGGAUGAUAAAUCUUGUUCUAAUAAUAAUUUCAUUCAUGGUGUUGUAAUCAAAGAUACAAGAGAUUUGUUAAUAAGUUUUCCAUACAAGGUAGAUGAAGAAAAUGAAUUUAUAUUUUUAUACACUCCAAUUGUUGAAAAAUCACGUAAUCUUCAAUUGGUAAGUAUUCAAACGAUAUUCAAUGGUACUAAUCUCAUUGAAUUUUCAUAUGAUACAAUUAAAAAACAAGUUUCAAUCGAAAUAAGAUCAUGUGAUAAUUCAUCUGAUUAUCCAGUAACUGGAUAUCAUAAAUUUACUAAAAACAAUUUACAUGAAAUUGGUUUUCAAAAUCGUAUUGGAUGUUUUAAUAUUAUUGAUCCAACUACUUUGUAUAAAAAAAGUUUUUUUUCCGAUUGGGAAAGAAUAAGUGUUUAAUAUACAUAAAAAAACCAACAUCCUUGUUAUUUCUCUGAAAUAUUAAUAAGAGAAAAUUUUAGCUAGUUAAAAAACAUAAAAAUUGAUAGUUAAAAAAUAAUUUUAAAAGUCAUUUUUAAUAAAUAUUAAAAAGUGUUAUAGUAAUUUUAAAUAUAUAUAUAAAUUUUCAUAGUUCUACCUUGGUUUAUUUAAUAAAUAAAUACAGUAUUAAAUUCUUCUUUUUUUUUUUAUCUUGAAUCAUUAAUUUUUAUUCAUGUCCUUGUAACAGAAAUUUUUAUAAUUACAUUGAAAAAAUAUUGUUAUAAUCCAUUCAAGUGUAGUUUAAAAAAUCAUGAAAACAUGGAGAGAGAGAGAGAGAGAGUUUGUAUAUUUUUAUACGAAUCAAUAUACCCGCGAAUAUCGUAAAAAAGAUGGUGUGAGGAUGCUGAACGAUCCCACGAGUAUACAAUGUACGUAUUUGAUUUCAUGUUAUUUAAAACUACAAAUAAUGGAAAAUUGUUGUUCAUAUUUUUACAAUGUUUACAAUAUUUUUUUUAAAUUUAUUUUUCAUGGCAAUUCAAGCUCAAAUUAGCGUUGCAAAAAAAAGAAAAUUAUAAUAUAAGUAUAUGAGUAAUGGGCCUUCUUUCCAAUUGAGGCAAUAUGACAAACACACAGAGCGAAAAAAAAAAAAAAAAGAAAAAAUAAUAA